UUCGACAGCGAAAUCGACCCUGAAGAAGCUAGCGUGAUGCACGCCGGGGAGCCUAACAACCUCCAUGACCUGCCUUUCCACCCCGGUCCCCAGCCCUCGAUGGUCGCCAACUCGACUCGCCAGGCUCACCAAGUUGAUGUCCCCGUCGCCGUACACCACCUCGGGUUCCCCCUCGAGCCGUCCGACCCGAACACGUACGUAUCCGGCGUCCUGACCCCGACCCCGACGACGCCGGUCACGGGCACCAUCGGCGCCUCCCACAUCGGCAGCACCCGGGUCUCGUACGUAUGAGGGAGCCGUGAAGGAGGAUGGGAGAGGGCAGACCAUCUGGGACACGUUCGCGCACACCCUUGGCAAGAUUUCCGACUUUAGCAAUGCUGAUGUUGCAGUCGAUCAGUACCACCGUUUCGAGGAUGAUAUAGAGCUCAUGGCAGAUAUGGGGAUGGAUGCGUAUCGGUUUUCGAUCGCGUGGUCAAGGAUUUUUCCAAAUGGUACUGGUCAAGUUAAUCAGGCUGGCAUCGACCACUACAACAAACUGAUUGAUGCACUGCUAUCAAAAGAAAUUGAGCCAUAUGUAACCCUCUACCACUGGGACCUCCCCCAGGCCCUGGAAGAUAGAUACAAGGGAUGGCUUAACAGGACGAUAGUUGAAGAUUUUGCAGUUUACGCUGAAACAUGCUUCAAGGCGUUCGGGGACCGUGUGAAGCACUGGAUCACGCUGAAUGAGCCACACACGGUUGCCACUAUGGGCUAUGACACCGGCCUUGAAGCACCAGGGCGUUGUUCUGUGCUGCUUCAUCUGCACUGCAGAUCUGGGGAUUCACACACUGAGCCCUACAUUGUUGGCCACAACUUCAUCUUAGCCCAUGCAACCGUAGCUGAUAUUUACAGGAGGAAAUACAAGGCGACUCAGAGAGGACAACUAGGGAUUGCCUUAAACGUCGUGUGGUAUGAACCGAUGACGAACACUAGAACUGACAUUGAAGCGGCCAAAAGAGCACAAGAAUUUCAACUGGGAUGGUUCGCGGAUCCCUUCUUCUUUGGUGACUACCCGGAAUCAAUGAGGGCACGGAUCGGCGACAGGCUGCCAAAGUUCACAGCCGAUGAGGCUGCACUUGUCAAGGGGUCACUGGACUUUGUAGGCAUAAACCACUACACCACUCACUACACCAUGGAUAGUAACACAGUCAGCUCAACUGCCAUGGGACUACUGCUGGAUGGCACCAUGGCAGACACCGGAGCUGUUAGCGUUCCCUUCGACAUCAAGAAUCCGACUGGAGAUAGAGCCAACUCGCUGUGGCUGUAUAUCGUACCAUGGGGCAUGAGGAAGGUGAUGAACUACGUCAAGGAAAGGUACAAGAGUCCACCGGUCUACAUCACAGAAAACGGGAUGGAUGAUAGCAACAACCCUUUGAUUCCCAAAGAGGAGGCCCUCAAGGACAGCAAGAGGAUCAAGUACCACCACGACUACCUCACAAACCUAGCUGCUUCCAUAAAGGAGGAUGGGUGCGACGUCCGUGGCUACUUCGUGUGGUCGCUGCUGGACAACUGGGAGUGGAUCGCCGGAUACACCUCGAGGUUCGGGCUCUACUUUGUGGACUACGAGAACAACCUCGAGAGAUGCCCCAAGAGCUCGGUACAAUGGUUCAAGACUCUGUUGAGGUCCAGCUGAAGAAGGCUGCACGUAAAAAUGUUUUGGUUUUCAGUUUUCACUGCAGCGUCAACUCUUCUAGCUCGCAGGCCAUCUCAUAUCGUACAACUGUUGUGUGCGUCAAGCUUCAGUGUACAUAUUGGAAAAUUUUGUGUUUCGAGUAUGAUACACUCACGUCAGGCCAUCUGAAAAGAAAAGAGAAAACGUCAUUAAAACAAUUUGCUAUUCA